AUGGCUGCGGCUGUUGCAAAUCAGGUUCAACCUGUUCGAUUUAGCAGUGGCCCAUCAGGGAGUGGAGUGACGCUCACAAUUUCAGGUCCAUCGACUACAUCACCUGCAAACAAUGUCGUCAACCGACGUCCUGUGGCAGGAACAUUCCGUAUUCAAGCGACUCCUACUGUACAAAUCCAACAAAUGGAUAUGAUGAUGAUGGGUGAUGGACCUGGUCGUCGACUGAGAAAGAAUGUGGCUAACGUUCGGAGGCAUGUCGAUUACGUCGCCACUGUACUUAAUCAUGCGGAGUCUCGACUUUGGCAAUACAAACGGUGGCAACGACCGGUGCAACAGCCCGACGAAUUGUACCAGAACACAGCAUUACCUGCCAGGUGUACGCCAGAGACACCAGUCGACUGUAUUCUUACAAAAUUUGUUAGAGCAGCUAUGAACAAAGUCAAAUGUCCAGUCUACAGUUUAUGUUGGACUCCGGAGGGCAAACGUCUGAUAACGGGUGCAUCAACAGGCGAAUUCACUCUUUGGAAUGGCACAGCAUUUAAUUUCGAAACUAUCCUGCAGACUGGCGCACCUUUAAAAACGGCACAUGAUUCGGCAAUUCGUGCAAUGACAUGGUCACAUAAUGAACAAUGGCUGGUAUCUGCAGAUCAUGAAGGAUUCAUAAAAUAUUGGCAACCAAAUAUGAAUAAUGUGCACAUGUACCAAGCACACAAGGAUGAACCUGUCCGCGGAUUAUCUUUUGCACCAACGGAUGUCAAAUUAGCUUCUGCAUCUGAUGAUGGGACAGUACGCAUUUGGGAUUUUGCUCGAUGUAUCGAAGAAAGAGCGAUGCGAGGUCAUGGAUCCGAGGUGAGAUGUGUGGGCUGGCAUCCAUCCAAAGGAAUGAUUGCCACUGGUUCAAGAGAUUCACAACAACCUGUAAAGUUAUGGGAUCCAAGAACAGGCGAUUGUCUGACAACACUGCAAGAUCACAAGAGUUCCGUUAUGGCUGUGGACUGGAAUCGCAAUGGUAACUGGUUGUUAACAGCUGGUCGUGAUCAUCUUGUAAAACUCUACGACAUCCGUUGUAUGAAAGAAAUGUUUUCAUAUAAGGGGCACAAGAAAGAAGUAACGGCAAUUGCUUGGCAUCCAGUACACGAAGGAUUAUUUGUGUCUGGUGGAGGUGAUGGUUCAAUCGCGUACUGGCUAGUAGAAAAUGAGAAGGAAGUGGCUUUCCUCGAACACGCUCAUGACCAAGCUGUCUGGGCGAUGAAAUUCCACCCGAUGGGGCAUAUUCUAGCUACAGGAUCAAACGACAACAACACCAAGUUCUGGGCGCGUAAUCGACCAGGAGAUACGCAAGAAGAUAUUUUUGGCUUGGCGUCCUUUACCACUAAUAUGGUCGGUGCUUUGGAUAAGGAACGCGAACCAAAGAGUGCUGCAAUUCGCCUAGAAGAUGAAUAUAUGGCUCCAGUAAUUCCAGGAAUGGGUUUGGAUGAUGAAGUUGUCGAAAAAAUGAACCGAGACAUUACAUCAAACCCAGCCACUGCUCAUCAUACUAUGUUGCUUAUGCCGGAGGAUUUGAAUGCACGACAUCAGCAUAAUGCAAAUAUUGGAGCAAAGAAAACAUUGAUUAAACAACCACCACCGAAGAAAGCUCAACGUCAGUUCGAACGCAUGUGGAAUGUAUCCAAACCUGGUGGCCCCGGAUUCGACGACUACGAUGAGGAAGUUGAAGAUGAGUUUUUCCAACAGCCACAACAGAAACCACGACAAGGACUUCUUGGACAAGCUCCACCUCCGAUGACAAUGCUUGCACAAACUGUCAAAGCCCAGUCUGCAGCGGCAAUAGCUGCCGGAUUUGCCGGAGGAUUUGCAGGUGCCCAAAAACUCGGUCUAUUACCUCCAGGAAUGCCACCUGGAUGGAAACCAGGGUCGACGCAGUCAAAUGCGAAUAGUGCAAGCUCCGACGAUAAGUCAACACCUACAAAACCACCUUUGUCUAGUCAGCAACAUCCACCGUCAGAACAAGGACGACCUCCAAUGCCUUCUCACCGACCUCCAUUACUUCCAAAUGCUCCGGGUCAACCCAAUGCGGGACCACCGUCAACCCCACCCGGUGGCCAGAAUCAUUCCGGGGGACCUCCAUCUAGAACUGCGUUACCGAUGCCUCCGCAACGUCCUUCAUUUCCUGGAUUGCCUCCAAAUAUUCCUCCCGGUAUGACUCCUCAGAUGUUGGCGGCUGCUGGAGUUUGGCCUCCUGGAAUACCUAUGCCUCCUUCAAUAGCUCAAAAGCAACAACAACAGCAGCAGCAACAACAACAAUCAGUUACGCAAAACGUUGACUCGGAAGACAUGGAAGAGGACCAUGACUACCGAAUGGCACCUAGUUCUCAUUCAUCUGGAGAUGUUGAUCUUAGAGCAAAUCAGUCACGACCACAACCGAGAGGUCCACCUCCAGGUCAUCGUCCAGCGGAUAACAGAAUGGGACCACCGUUAGACAUGAGAAGACCACACAACGACAUGAAUCAUUCUGCUGUUGAUCAGGAUCAAAGGAUACGAAGCCAAGAUGAUGACAUUCGCGAUCCUCGACGAAGACCUUUACCUCAGGAACCGCUCCCGCUGCCACCGCAGCACAGUGCCUCGAUGCCAGCCCCACAUGGCAUGCCUAUGCAGUCACAUCCGCCCAAUCUCCAUAACCAACAAGGUCCAGCUCCACAGAUGAGUGGUAGACCGUGGAAUGCUCAACCACAAAUACCACCAUCUAACUCGCAGUACGAUUCACAGUACGAUUCGCAAUACGAGGAGCCUCACGAGAAAUACGACAACUGGAGGCAUCCUUCGGGGUCUAGGCAUCAAGGGAAUGGAUACUAUGGUGGGAACAAACAAGAGUACGAUCGUGACCGAGAAUACGACCGAGAUCGAGGUAGGGACGGCGGUGGACCGAUGAGAGGCGGAUCGAGGGGACGGGGAAGGGGUCGAGGAAGACCGUACUAG